GUGGGCAAAGGGGCGUCUCCGUUUUCCCCUUCCUGUUUUGCUGCUUUCUACUUCACACACCCAAAGGAGGCUGUGGCUGCGGGUACAGUGGCUGCUGCAAUGAACCCUGCUCUGCCACGGAGAGGAGGUUUCUAGUUCAACACCUUGAAUUUAGUUCUGGUUUGGCCAAAAAUAAACUUUUUCAGGCUACUUUUAUUUACAGCAAGAAGCAAACCAGGAGUGAAACCCCACCGGCCCCCUCUUUUGCAGCUGCUGUGGCCAGAAGAGGGCCAGGGUGGGGAAACUGAGGCACAGAUGCUGCUGGUGGCAGAGCUGGAGCUCCCGGGUCUGGGCCCUGCUGUAGUAAGGGAGCAGGCUGCAGCGGCAGAUAAACUGGCCCAUCAGCAGGAGCUGUUCCCACACCGUCCCCGUCCCACCUCACUGGAGACUAAGCCACAGACAGAGCUUAUCAGUGUCCCCAGUGUCUCACCCACCCCUGGUAUCACUGCCUGCAGCGCUGUAAUCUGCCUGUUCCUGUCUGUGUGCCGGGGCGGCACAGGUGCCCCACAGGGUGCCCAAGCUGUGGCACUGGUCCUGGCUUGGUUCGUGCCGCACUUGCAGCCAGCUCCUCUGCUCAGCUUCGCCAGGUGGGCACCCAUGGCAUGGCCACCAGGGAGGGAGCCAGGCUCAUGGGCUACUGCUGGGGUGACCGUGGUGCCAUGGUCCUGGGGAGUCCUCACUGACUGCCCACAAAGAUGGUGGUUCUGCUGGUGCCCCGUGCCACAGAAGGAUGGCUGUGCUGAUGUGUCUGAGGGACGUGUCUCUCCUGGCUAAGGCAUCCAUCCCAGGGAAGCAUCCACUCCAUCUAAGUGUCCAUCCUCCCCGUGGCAUCCAUCCCCACUGUCGCUGUCCUCUACGGUGUCUUGUCCCCAUAGCGGUGUCCAUUGCCAUCGUGCUGGCUGUCCCCAGCACGGCCCCCGUGCCCCCCGGAGGGGAGGGCAGGAGUGGUGCUCAGGCUCGGGUCCCACGGCCAUGAGCAGCCCCUCCCGCUGAUCUUCAGUCCCCAGUACCGGGAGCCAGAGCUGCUGCCAUGUUGGGGUCCUUCUGUCUUGGGACCCUCCUCCCUGUACCUUCCCAGAGCAGGGACCCCACCUUGCUCAGCAUCCUCCUUGCUGGUGGGUGACAGGCACCCCUCCAGCCUGCCCCACUGCUUGUGGCCCCCGUGGCCUUGGUCCCCCUUGAGCAUGCCCCCUUGCUCAGGACCCCCUUGCUGCGGCCUCGGUCCCACAGAGCCUCCCCCCUCACUGGGUGGUCCUGGCCCCCCAUUGCUCCAGAGUCUGUCUUGGACUGGCCCUGCACCCGCUGGGUCUGAGCCCCCCAGUUCCCCAUUUUCCGGGACCCCAUCCCCCCUCCGCCUCGCGGUGAGCCCCGCAGGUCGCCGUCCGCCAGGACCCCCGGAACAGCGCUUGCUGUAACUCCCUCGAGCGCCGUUGCCAGGCGACGGCCGCGCUAUCCCAGCAUGCACCGCGCUCGUUGCCAGGCGACGGCCGCGCGCUCCCAGCAUGCCUCGCUGGCCGUUGCCAUGGCGGCGGGACGCCGCAUGGCGGGCAGCGGGGGUGGCGGAGGAGCUGAGGGCGCUGUACCGCUGGCUGGACGCCGUGCCGCUCUCCCGGCCGCGCAGGAACAUCGCCCGAGACUUCAGUGACGGCGUGCUGGCAGCCGAGGUGGUGAAGUUCUUCUUCCCCACCAUGGUGCAGCUGCACAGCUACGUGCCCGCCAGCUCCACGCCACAGAAGCUCGCCAACUGGGGCCACCUCAACAGGAAGGUGCUGAGUAAGCUGAAUUUCUCCAUCCCAGAUGAUGUGAUCCGGCAGGUUGUGCAGUGCCGGCCUGGCAUGGUGGAGCAGGUGCUGCUCCUGCUGCGGCAGAAGAUGGAGGAGAAGCAGAAGCAGAGCAAGGAGCUGGGUGUACAGGCGGCGCUGGAAGAGGUCAGCUACCUGGAGACGGGCUACACAAAGGCAAAGAGCAGUGUGGGAGGGGGCUACGCACAGGAGUCUCCCAGGGCUGCUGGGGUGAAGAAAAGCCACCACGGCUGUGCCCAACCUGCUCCAGGGGAUGCUGCUCUCUGCCUGCAGCUAACAGAGAGGGAGCAGGCCCUGCUCCUGGCACAGGAAACCAUCCAGAUCCUGCAGCUGAAGGUGGGGAGGCUGGAGCAGCUGCUGCGCCUCAAGAAUGUGCGGAUCGACGACCUUAGCCGGCGUCUGCAGGAAGCCCAAUGCCAGCAGCGGUGAGCGGACCCUCGCCCAACCAGCAGCCCUUCUCCCUGGGCUGCCCCCCACCCCGCCUCACCCGUGGGACCUCCUGCUGAGCUGGAAGAGUCAUCCCAGUGCCUGCCAGUUGCCCCAGUUCUCAGGGCGGACUCUCAAGGACAAAAGCCAAAGGUGGCAAACACAGAUGCAGAAGCAGGGACCCCGUGCCCACUUCGGGGGACCUCCAGUGCCCACCGGCAGGCGGCACAGCAGUGGCAUCGAUACGGCAUGGGCUCUGCUCAGCCCUCCCAGCUGGUGUCUGCCAACGGCAGCAGUCCUUCCUUCCUUCCUUCCUUCCUUCCUUUGCCUUGCACAUUGGUAAUUAAAAAGCUGGGUCAUCGCUCAGAGACUUCCCCGUGAGGCUGAGUCGCUGCGGGGGUCCCACCUGCCCCAGCCUGGGGGCGUUUAUUUCCCAGCUGGUCCAGCAUCGGAGGGUGGUCGGCAGCAUGGGGACAUGGCUCAGCUGCCUGGGCCGGGGAGACGUGCGAUGAUGGAGGCUGGGAUGUAAUCCCUUACCCAAAGCUGUUUGUUUUUGUAAUCUCUGAGAAAAUCCCUGCCUGCUCACGGGCUGGCUGGGCAGCAGCCC